AUUAUUUUAAGCAAAUUAGUUAUUAUUUAUUACCAUUGAGUAUAAAAAUAUAAAAUAUAAAUUCUACAAUACUUGCCAAAUGCUAUUAGUUAUUAGUUAUUAGUUAUUACUUUUUUGUAUUGAAUUACAGUGCUCAAUAUAACCGUUAAAAUAGAUACCUAUAGUAAUAAAAAUUUCUGUUGUCAAUUAAUAAUGAACUUGUUUUAAGUGUGAAACCGGUAGUGUGUCAACUUUGGGAUAUGAUUUUAUAUGCUUUAAUUUUAAGAAGCCGGGACCUCCUACCACUGACGUCCACUACUAAUUAUCAUUGUAGUAAUGGCGAGAGCGCCAUUGACUUGAAAUUAAUUAACAAGAUUGUAAAGAAUGUUUUAAAGAAAAAUGAUAUGCCCAAAAACAAAUGUUUCCUUCGCACAAAUGACAAGACCUACUACUUUUUACCAUGCUUAAAUAUAAUUUGCAUGGCCAUGUGCAUUCCUUCAUAUCCUCAAGUUUUAGCCUACAGCUUUUUAGAAGAACUAGCUGGAGAAUUUACAAAAAAAUAUGACCGUUUCAAAGUUGAACAAGCUUUGAGGCCUUACAAUCUUAUUGAAUUUGAUACUACAAUACAUCCUAUUCAACAAAUGUAUAAUAAACCUCAACAACUGACAUCCAGAAUAAAUUUAGCUGAAAUUACUCGUGAUAUCACAUUAGAUCCCCCUCAAGAAGUAUUUAUUGUUGAAGAAAAUUCCAAGAAUAAUAUUCAUACACCACAAGUUAUUCCUCCGACUGUUCGAGUUGGACCACUGCCUACUUUAGAACCUUUAUCUUUCAUUGACAAAACAUCUUUAAUUUUUACUAUAUGUUUAAUUAUUCAUAGUAUUGUCGUAGUAAUGGAUACAUGGAGGAGUUGGACAACUGAGGAAGAUGACUCACUGGAUACUGGUUGGCUUCACUUUUGUAGUAUUCUCUUCCGAUUAUCUCAAAUGUAUGUUCUUACGCACAAGCAAAUGUAUAGAUGGAAGAAAGGGUGGGCACUCUUCUUAGUAUUAUUAGGUAUAGAUUGGUUUCUGUAUUUCAAUGAUGACCUAUGGCAGGUGGUUUUAGUAUAUGUCAUUACUACACUGACACAUACAUGCAUACUUAAACGAAAAAUUGCCAUUAAGUUACCACAAUAUCAAAUUUAAACAUGAAUAAAAUAUUUAAAUAUUUAAAAAUUUAUUUUGUUAUGAUACUUGAGCAUUAAACAUAAAUUGUUAAACCAUUACCCCCCAAAAA